AUGAGCGCGUCCCUCCAUCGACUUCAGACGCUCGAGGUCGGCGCCACGGAUGCCGUGCAGAAGCACUAUGCGCGUCAUGUCGUUGAACGGAGGCCGGUUUCUCAGCGGAAACUGGACUUUGAGCAACGCCGUCCAAGAUGGUUGAGAGAGAUGGCUGCGGAGGCGACCGGGGUGUUUUUUUACGUGUACCCCGGCAUUGCUGCAACGGCAUCUUUCUUCGUCAACAAAACUGAGCCCGCAUUCGGCUCGCUGCUCCAGGUUGGCUUCGCCUACGCCAUGGGCAUCGCCAUGGCCAUCAUCACCUGCGGCCCAACAUCCGGCGGGCACUUCAACCCCGCCAUAACCAUCUGCUUCGCCAUCUGGCAAGACUUCCCCUGGAAAAAAGUCCCCGUCUACAUCUUCAGCCAGGUCUUCGGCGCCUUCAUGGCCGGCCUCGUCCUCAUGGGCCAGUACUGGGAGCAGAUCUCAGCCAUGGAUGCCGCAUCGCGCGCCGCCGGCCUCGGCUCCGUCUACAACGGCGGGCCCGCCAGCAUCCUGUGCACCUACCCCGGCGCCACCCAGAACAACCAGGGCUACCUGUUCCUGAUUGAGUUUUUCGUCUGCUCGUACAUCGGCAUCGUGAUCUGGGCCUGCCUCGACCCCGCCAACCCCUUCAUCGCCCCGCAAAGCGCCCCCUUCACCAUCGGCCUCGCCUACGCCGCCAUGAUCUGGGGCUUCGCCGACAUCAGCAUCUCGACCAACCUCGCGCGCGACCUGGGCACGCGCCUCGUCGCCCUCAUCUUCUUCGGCCGCGACGCCUUCACCUACAAAAACUACGCCUGGAUCAGCAUCCUCGUCAACGUCCCUGCCACCAUCUUCGCCACCGCCUAUUACGAGCUUUUGCUUAGGGAUAGCCUGGCCAAGCUGGGCACCGGCCGCGCUGUCCAUGCUGACGGCGAUGAGGGCUUGAGCCGCCAUUUGAGUCGCAAUGGUAUGCUGGAUUUGGGGAAUGGGUCGGUUCUUACGAAGACGCAGAGUGGGAAGGGCGUUGAGAUGAAGGAGAUGGUGUAAGCCUAGGGAACGAUGAUUGUAACGUGAGAUGUACGGCCUCUUG